CAUUACAGCAUUAUCAGUUAUAUGACCAAUUAGUAUUUGUAAGUUACUAAUUUAACUAAUUCAACUCUAUUAAAGUCUUUAUUAUGUCAUAUAAGGACAGAAGACCGAGUGCUCCUCUCGAUUGCAAAGUUUACGUUGGAAAUCUCGGAGAUGGAGCUUCACGAAGUGAAUUGGAAAUUGAAUUCGGACAUUUUGGAAGAUUAGUAAGUGUAUGGGUUGCCAGAAAACCACCAGGCUUCGCGUACGUUGAAUUUGAAGACCCAAGAGAUGCUAAAGACGCUGUCAGAAGUUUAGAUGGAACAACGCUUUGUGGACGUCGAGCGAAAGUUGAACUUUCACAUGGGCAAAAAAGAAAUAGAAAUUUUCGACCCAGUUACAGUGAUCGACCUCCAAGACGUGACAUGUCAGAAGUCCGAUGCUAUACAUGUAAUCAAACUGGACAUAUCGCUAGGAACUGUCGGGAAGGUGGCAAAUCACGUUCUCGAUCUCCAAGAAGAAGAUACUCCCGCUCCAGGUCUCAUUCUCCGUCUCGUUCCCGAAGUCCGUCUCCGAAAUAUUCACGAUCUCGAAGCAGAACGCCUGAAGAUAAACGCCAGAGUCGUUCUCGUUCACGCAGCAGAUCUCGAAGCUAAAUAUUUAAACAAAAAAACACAAAUGACGCCAUUAAUUCAAAGAAGGAACCAAACAACGUCAAAUAUAAAUCGCAGAGUUUAACUUUGCGAAGUUUGCAGAUGUUGAAUAGCUCAAUAUGGAUUGGAGAUUGUUAUGACUUAUUGGACUGUAUAUAUACUGUCUUUUUGUUAAUGAUUUGCUAUGUACAAAUAUUUUCGUACUUGAAUUAUUGUGGAAUUUGACGGCCAAUAUUAAGUAUCUAAUUCUUGGUUUCAAAGGUUUUUUUUUCGUACUGCGCCAUAAUUUUAGAGAU